AGCAUGGAGACCUGGAGUGUGAUUUUUGGUCUGUUGAUGUCAUUUUACCUUAUUAAUUAUGUGCAAGGACAAGUUAUAUCGAAAAGGAUUCUUCAAAUUUUAGAACGAACUACAGGGUUUUCUAAGUUUGCACAGCUAGUUCAUAGGGCAGAACUAACAGAGUUUUAUAACGUUUCGACCAACAUGACUGUGUUUGCGUUCAACGACAAAGCUUAUUAUCAGCUGCCGUACACAGAACGCAAUGAGAUAGAUAGCUACAACGUUACUGAGCUUCAAGACUACCUUAAAUAUAGUUCAGUCUAUGGAUAUCGCAUUACAACAUCCUCUCUCCGUGACAAUCAGUACGAGCUAAGCAUGAGUUCCAAUGGCGACAGACUUUAUUUUAAUCGCAUCCAGAGAAUAUACACGACAUCAGGAGUCACUUAUGAAACUAAGUAUUACGUCAACGGUGUAGAGAUUUCGGAGGAAUCACGUGACAUCUCGGCAACCAAUGGAAUUGUUCAAGCUCUAAAUGGAAUCAUACGGAAGACAAUUCAGAAGACAGUCUAUAGGUGGAUCCAAGACCCCGAGGAUACUACCCGGCAAUUUACGAUAUUCCUAGAUUUGAUGAGUUACCUUUAUACGAUGGACAGCUUAAAUGAAAUUUUCUCAUCAGACAAUAUUACCACCUUGUUUAUUCCCAGUGACAGUGCAAUGAAAAAAAUACCUACCUCCGUGCUGAUCAGACUGAAGAACGAUCCCUCAGAAUUACAACGGGUCAUUCAAGCUCAUUAUUUACGUCACCGGGCAAUUUUCACCAACUGUAUUCCUCACAAUGAGAGUUUUACUGAUGCCAACGAUCAACCAUUGACAUUUCGCAAAUCAGGUGACAAUGUAUAUGUUUACAGUGGUGGUUCGGGGGCGGCUAUUAUGGAGGGUAAUAUAACGUUGUCUAACGGCGUGGUUCAUGUCGUGGAUCAGUUGCUGGGACUCGUGUACAACACCAUUCGUGACCAAAUUCAAAAAGAAUCCAUGAAAUUUGAUCAAUUAAUAAAUUUAGGCACAGAAAAAAUAAGGAGUGCCUUUGUUCAGCCUUCGGGGGUAACCGUCUUCGCGCCUUUUGACAACGCCUUCCAAAAAAUUGCGAACAUACCCUGGGCAAAUCUUACCUAUAACCAGACAUUAGCGGACAUGGUUAUUCGACUGCAUAUUUUGAUGCUCAACAACACAGUAAGAAUUGCUUCUUUUCCAGCAAUGAGCGGAUACGAUAGUCGUCAAUACAGACAAACCAUGUAUAAAAACGAAAGAGUCAUCAUCUAUAAUGACAGAGAUGAGACAUGGGUACACGGUGGUAACGUGAAAGCUCGCAUAAUCAGGCCGGAUAUAGAGACGGUAAACGGUUUGGUCCAUAUCAUCGACUCCGUACUGGGCAUUCCCUACCUGGAUCUUCCCAUGUUGAUCUGUCAUGAUAUCUGGUUGUUGCGCACAUACGACUUUAUGAUAAGAGUUGGACUAAAGAACUACCUGACAGACCGUAGAUUCACAGCAGAGACGUGCAGUUUUGAAAAAUCCGGCUAUCCCUUUAAUUACGUAUCAGCCGUGCAUACUAACCAGGACACGACCUGCCCUAUGUACUGUAGCCUGGCCCCGUAUCAGAAUCAAUACCCCUGUAACUCUGCCCUAUGUCAGCCCAGCCUCUGCCCCACAUACUGUGCCCAGGAAAUUUACCAAAAUCAGUACCCCUGUAAAACAGCCAUGUGUAUACUUCCGGGGUCUAACUGCCCCACCUACUGUUCGCAGCCCGAUUACGCUAAUAUCCAUCAAUGUCUUAUGAAUUGUAACAUGACCUCAGCAACCCAGUGUCAGUAUGUCGUGUACUGUAGAGACCCCAGCAAUGCCAACAAAGCUCCGUGCAAUACGUAUCCGUGCAACAUGUUAAACACAGGGACACAGAGUGGUGCAGAUUACGACAUGGGAUGUUGCGGAACUAGCAGAGUUGCAUGUGAAUUCACGGUCUUCGUUCCCAAUUCUAGUGCUGUAGACUAUUUUUCACUGUCGCUUAAUGGCUUCAGGGUCAUGAUAGACACACCACGAUUUCAGUAUUUGUUUAAGCGGCUCAUUGCUCCUGGUAGAAUUUACUUAGAGAAGCUUACAAAUGGUAACCACCAGAUAAAAAUGCUAAACGGCGAGACAAUAAAUGUCUCUAAAGCAAACGACAGAGAUGUACGGAUUUACUUUGGAGAUGCAUCAGCGAAUGUUUUGUAUAUGGACGAAGGAGCUACUAAUGGAGUCAUGCAUAUAAUUGACCAGUUGCUGUUCGUUCAGGAAGAUAUUACGAGACACAUUUCACCUCCAAAGGAGGUCAUAGACGAAGACGAAAUGCGAAAGGGUUUUUGUUAUAAAGAUACUCAAAAACUUGGGAUUCAUACUGACUGUGAUUCAAAUUCUACAAGUGUUGUAAUUGAGGAAGACUCGAAAGAUGACAAAAAAUGUCAAAACUCCCGUAACUCUGCCGAUGAAAGAGUCACCUGUGUAGUGGGGGGCUAUAAUGAAGCGUACAGAAAGUUGACGUUUACUUUGACAUCUAACAGCACAGAGAACUCUGGGAAUUCAAUUUUGGUUAAUACCACGUGUGAUGCCGGAACUGGUCAGAGCAAAAAUAUCACAUUGUUUCCUUGUUUUUCAUGUUUCAAGGCAAAUGUCACGCACAACGAAACACACGCCGUUAUUAUGUGUCAACACAGUUUCUUCAACGUGUCAGAGCAGAUAAGUAUCAUUGAUUGGACUGCUGGGGUCCCUAUAGAAAUAUGCAGAUGGAACCAGAGUACCUCAAGAACGGAGUGCGAUGUCCAAAAUCACGGACAUCCUCUUGGAAUUGAUGGCUUCAUUACAAAAUAUACCCCAGGGCUAAAGUUUCUAUGCACUAUGGACAGACAAAGCGUUGAACUGGUUUUGGAAGCAGGUGGGUUAACAAGCGGACACGAUGACCAACGGAUGUGCUGUAGUGUUUAUAUUAUUAUAUUUGUAGCUUUGCUAUUGUCAACUCUUAAAUUAUCUUGAUUUAUUCACGUUUGUUAAAUAUGUCCUUUAAGGUAGUCCGAUCCUCAGGUUUAUAAAAUUAUGUUAAGUAAUCAAAAAUACUCAUAAAAGUAUCUCUGAAUCCACAAAAUUGUGUAAAUUUAUCCACAGUAUUUCUUUAAAGUUAAAGAUGAAAGUUAAUCAUAUUUUAUUGUGGAAAUUGUCAAAUCUCCAAUAUUUUGCAGAAAAAGCGAAUUGGAAUAUCAGCAAUGCAUUUUCUAAGUGCAAAUUUAUCAACAUAUAUAUUUUAGGUUAAAAAACGAUCGGUAUCCAGGCAUUCAGAGAAAUUGUCAUGAUUUUAUACUCUUUUUUAUACUAAUUUUAUACUGUUUUGUAUUUUUUGUUUUCUAUUUCCGUCAUGUAUUCUUUAAUUCAUAGUGUAAAAGGCUUUUGCUAUCAUUGCAACACGUCACAAAUUACUUUUUGGUUCAUAUCAUAGUAAUAAGCAUUGGUAUCUACAUGUAAGGCUGGAUUUAAGAAAAUCUUAUUUCUUUAUAGCUGUAAUAUUUUUUCCCUUUUACAGGGUACAAAUGUCAACUUUUAGACCUUUUCUAAGACUUCCAAAAACCUUGUAUCUUAUAAAGACGAAUGAAAUGAAAAUUGUUGCAUAAAAAAUUCAUUUUCAAUGUUCAUUUUGAUGUAUUUCAAAUUAAAAUAUUAAUUUUUGGAGUUAUCCUUCCUGGCUGAGGAUCGGAUAUCCUUAAUCAAAGAGAUUUAUAAGGUUAAUUUUCCUGGAAAAUAUAUUUCUACAUAUAUGCCUUUUUUAAACUUACGCUUUAUGUAUAUAACUAAUUGAAUUCACGAAUACAGAUAUUUUGGACAAAUUCAAUUUAUUGAGAAUAACACAGAUAUCUUUCAAAUUGUAAAGGAUGCCUACAGCUAGCUUAUUAUUUUACCGUUUUGUAGAGUCUUUCUAUAGCUUAAUUAUUUUCUGUAUGGAAAUUUUGUAUAUGCUAGACAAAAUGGUGUAUAUCCAUGUAUUUACCUCUUUGCUUAACAUGCGAUUCUAGGUUCCCCUGUCUUUGAUAUUUUAUAUGCACAAUGUAUACCAAGAAUUAUUAUUAAAUAUUAUUUAUAAA